AUGUCUCUCGUGCCCGUCGACACCACGCUGCAAGUCCCACCUCCUGACCCGGUUCAGGAGCCCCCUGAGGUGGCCAUCACGCCCUGCGACCCAUGGCCUGCACCAUACUAUCUUGAAGGCGGCCUGCGCCGGGUGAAGCCAUACCACUACACCUACAACACUUUCUGCAAGGAGCGCUGGCGGGGUCGCGAAUUGGUGGAUAUUUUCCUGUCGGAGUUUCGCGAUCGUCCCGCAGAGUACUACAAGAAAGCCCUACAAGAUGGCCUCGUCGCCGUCAACGGCACGCCUGCUGGUCCCAACACCGUCGUCAAGAACGGCCAGAUCAUCUCGCAUACCCUGCACCGUCACGAACCCCCAGUUACCGGGAAAGAGAUUGGUAUUAUCCACGAGGAUGACGAUCUGAUUGUCAUUGAUAAGCCUGCUGGUGUGCCCGUCCACUCCGCCGGUCGCUACCACUAUAACUCUGUGCUCGAAAUCAUGCGCUCUCAACGCCAUCCGGAAUGGGUCCCACGACCCUGCAACCGUCUGGACCGACUCACCUCCGGAGUCAUGUUCCUCGGAAAGACCCCGAAAGCUGCAGAAAACAUGACCGGCAAGCUCAAGGCCCGCACCCUUCAGAAGGAGUAUGUGGCGCGUGUCAAGGGAAAGUUCCCCGACGGUGUCAUUGUCUGCGACCAGCCCAUCAUGUCCGUGAGCCCGAAGGUAGGCCUGAACCGUGUUCGCGCCACUGGCAAGGAGGCAAAGACCAAGUUCCGCCGUCUAGCGUAUAUCCCGCCUCAAGCUCCGGAGCCUCAGAGCGCCCCCGACGCAGAGGGACGGGUGGCGACUCCGCCUCCGGUCUACACCAACGAAGACGAAGGGUACAGUAUCGUCCACUGCCUGCCCUUGACCGGCCGCACGCAUCAGAUCCGCGUGCACCUUCAGUUCCUCGGACACCCGAUCUCGAACGAUCCCAUCUACUCCAACCGCAAAGUCUUUGGACCGGAUCUCGGCAAGAACGAAACCAGCGACGAGCGCGACAACGAGCUUAUCGAUAAGCUAUGUAACAUUGGCAAGACCGAAGUCCCCGACACCGUAAGCUACCGGACACACCUUACCACUGUGCCUAUGGUACCGCCAGGCACGGACAACUCCGUCGUGGAGGAGAUCAUGUCACGCGAACACGAAGCCGCCGUGGAGAGAUACCACAAGCGCAAAGGCGAGAUGUUGUCCGGCGAGAGGUGCAAGAUCUGCGACACAGAGCUCUACUCGGACCCUAGACCCGAGGAUCUAGGUAUUUUCCUCCACGCCGCGGCAUACUCUGACAAAGAGGAGGGCUGGAAAUACACGAGCAAGAUGCCUAGCUGGGCCCUGCCGCCGGACGGUGUGGAGGGACCGCGCGAGAUGCCCGACUGGGUGUUUGGUCCUGAGGAAGAGGAGAUCGUUAUCGGACAUGCUGUUUUGCCUGGCGCGGAGGACGGCUCGGAGACGAAUAUCCCUGCUCUUGUGCAGGGUGUUGGCCUCGUCGAUAUUUCGUCUGGUAGGAAGGCAGAUGCUGCUGCGCAGGCGGCUGCAUGA